AUGGACGCCGUCGACAAGCCCGAUGCCGGCAGCGGCGCCGUGAUCCGGUCACCCCGGAUGUGCCACCUCGUCAUUCUAUCCACCGCAUUCUGGGCCCUGGUGUUGUACUCCUGCAUGCAAGGCAGCGACGGCGGCGUCGCGUCCGUGCUGUUCAAGCCAGCUGCGUUCUCCCUGCCGAAGCUGUCCAGCGUCGUCCCUGUCGACCGGCGCCCUCCAUCCGAGCAGCCACCGGCGUCGGUCGCGCCGGCGGUGAACCGGAGCGUCACGGCGCCGGCCGACGACCGUUGCGCGGGACGGUACAUCUACAUGUACGACCUGCCACCGCGCUUCAACGCCGAUCUCGUCCGCGGCUGCCGGAACCUCUCGCCGUGGAUGGACAUGUGCCCGUACCUGGCCAAUUGCGGCAUGGGCCCGGCGCUGGGCGACGAGGGCGGCGUCUUCCAGGCCCGCGGCUGGUACGCCACCGACCAGUUCACGCUCGAGAUCAUCUCCCACUGCCGGAUGAAGCGCUACGGGUGCCUCACCGGCGACCCCUCCCUCGCCUCCGCGGUUUACGUGCCGUUCUACGCCGCCAUGGACGCCGGGAGGUACUUCUUCAACGCCACCUCGACGCGGGACGCGCUCGCCCUCGACCUCGCCGAGUGGCUGGUGCGGCGCCCGGAGUGGUGCGCCAUGGGCGGCCGUGAUCACUUCAUGGUGGCGGGGCGGACCUCGUGGGAGCUGGAGCGGAAGGCCGACGUGGACGAGGAGUGGGGCACCAAGCUGCUCACCCUCCCGGCCAUCCGGAACAUGACGGCGCUCAUCCUGGAGACCAGCCCGUGGGACCGGGACAAUUUCGGAACAAGCGAGGCUCGGACCUGGAGCAGCCUCGCGAUACCUUACCCGACGUACUUCCACCCGGAGGCGGCCGCCGACGUCGCCGCCUGGCAGGAGAAGGUGCGGAGGGCGGAGCGCCCGUGGCACUUCUCGUUCGCCGGCGCGCCGCGGCCCGGGAGCAAGAAAACGAUCCGCGCGGAGAUCAUCCGGCAGUGCGGCGCGUCGAGCCGCUGCAACCUGUUCGACUGCGGCAGCGGCGCCAGCUGCUACUGGCCGGGCGGCGCCACGCGCGUGUUCGAGAGCUCAGAGUUCUGCCUGCAGCCGCGCGGGGACACCCUGACGCGGCGGUCCACGUUCGACGCCAUCCUGGCCGGCUGCAUCCCGGUGUUCUUCCACCCGGGUUCGGCGUACACGCAGUACAAGCUGCACUUCCCGAGCGACCCCAACAGCUGGUCGGUGCUCAUCAUGCACACCGACGUGACCGGCCGGAACGUCAGCAUCGAGGAGACGCUGAGCAGGAUCUCGCCGGAGGCGGUGAGGGCGAUGCGGGAGGAGGUGAUCAGGCUCAUCCCGAGGGUGGUGUACGCGGACCCGAGGUCGACGCGCCUGGAUUUCAAGGACGCGUUCGAUAUAGCCUUGGAUGCGGUCAUUGAUCGGGUGGCUAAGCGGCGCCGGGGCGCGGUCGUUGGCCGGGUGUCCUGA